CCACGAUUGCUUGUGACGCGCACGCCGGCUGGGGAGGUUUCCCGGAUGCCGAAGCCUAUUUCACCGUCCUGUUGCUCAACGAUGCCAUUGGCUCUGCCUCUUAUGAGCUGUAUAUUCGUGACGAGACGGGUGUGUCCGUCACGGCAGAUGGCCAUCGUCUCGUUCAGCCCAUUGUGUUUGAGCAAAUGCCCGGUGAGUCGCAGUACGAGCAAGUGAUUGCCGUGAAACGCUAUGACAUGAGCCGCUACACCUUCAACGUGAUUCUGGGCUACCGGUCGCGCUGCGAGAGCAUUGAGUUUGUGGGUGGCGACGAUGCUGCCUUGGCUGAGCUGCAGUCCUCGGAAGUGACGCUCUCCGUUGAGUUUCUCCAGCCCUGCUCCCAGGUUGACUGGACUGGCACCAUGAGUCGCGAGCGCUCGUUCCUUGUCAACAUUGAGGAGAAUGCCGAGAUCUUCCGCGUUACCCUGGCCAACCCUGAGACAUCCUCUCGCCGCUGGGAAGACAAUGGCCGCCUGGAGGGCGUGCAUCUCAUGUACCGUCGUGUGGGUGACGUGGACUGGGCGUACGCCCGCAACGCCAGCGGGGACAUUCUCAACUUUAUGUACGGCGAGUCGGACUACGGUUAUAGCACCCUUGAAUGGAAUACCGAUGGUGUUCUGGACGGGGAGUACGAGCUGAUGGCAAACGCAGCCAGUGAGAUUAGCUGGACGUACGAGUACGAGGCCCCGACGACCACGUCCAGUGUGUCGGUAGCCAUCAACGACCUGGUCCUGACGGUGACGUGGGACGAGGCCUACGCGGACAUCAACAGCGAGGAGGCACAGGCGCUGGCCGCACGCAUCGCCUCGGAACUGGCCAGUAUCCUCGGCGUGGCGACCUCCCGCAUCUCUGUUCAGCGCUUCUCCGAGGAGGCUGACAACCGAACGGCCGUCAGCUUGCUCUUCACGGCAGCAGCUUCUGCGCGUCGUCGCGACAACUCGGAGCAGUCGAGCGAGGUCUUGGUGUACCUCCUUGAGCAAGCACUGCAGAACGGUGGCAAUUUUUCCGUUGUGUCCGUUGAUGGCAAUACUUACCUGGAAACCAGCAGCAUCAUUGAUGACGAUUCGGAUGGGGAGAGUAGCACGACGGCGACACCCACGGGAGACUCGGACAACAGUGCGUCGGCCUCUUCGGCGGACAUCUCGGCCCUCAAGGACGACGUCACUGCCACGUUUGUCGUUUCUAUUGUGACGAUGGUGUUGCAGUUUGUGGUGAUUGUGGCCCUGGUGUGGUGCUACAAGUAUCGCGGCCAGCGCGCGCAUCUGGAGGGUUCCUCCAAGCACCAGCGCCAAUUCCAAGUGUUCUCGGCAGGGAGCGCCAAGUCGACCCGCACUGGCAAGCAGGACAGCAACUACACUUUGGUUCAGUCUCCGACAACGCCAUAUGCGCUGGCCAACCGCCAGGAUACGACAGACCCAACUUAUGAACUGGCCUACCGCACUUCUACGCGAGAACGGCGCGUGACCAGCACGGACGUGGAUGCUAUCACGGAUUUUGCUCAAUCUGACGUUGAAGAGGAGCAUGCUCUGCCCGCAACCGGGCGACGAGUGAGCGUCGUCUCGGCGUAGGCGGCUGGACUCUUGCACUUGACUGUUCAAUGUUUGUGAGCUGGUCCUCUCGUACGAGUCUGAUUUCUUUGCUUUGUUGUGAUUUGCAAGAGUGAAUGCGAGUGUUCAUCAAGCUUUUUGGUACGCUUUUCUUCUUCCCUAAUUGAUGUGUAAUUUG